UUUGAGAACCAAUUCACGUCUUCUCUAUUUAAGCAGAGAAAGCCUCAAACCAUCACACAAACAAUAAAUCUUCUCUAUCAUUCCCUUAAUAUUCCUACCUCAGCUUCUUCAUUCCUCUAAAAUUUUAUCAGUCCUCGCUGAGUUAUGGGGACAAUGAUGACUUUGGCUGCUGCUUUGUCACUAGUGCUGCUGCCAUUUCUGUCAUGGGGAGUGGAUGUUCAUCAAGUGAGGCAACUUGCAGCUAAAAACAAUGUGACUUGUGUUUUAGUUUUUGGAGAUUCAAGUGUUGAUCCUGGGAAUAACAACCGUCUUCCAACUUCUAUAAAAAGCAAUUUCCUUCCUUAUGGAAGAGAUUUCUUUAAUGGCCGCCCUACUGGGAGGUUCUCUAAUGGAAGACUUGCCACUGACUUCAUAGCUGAGGCAAUCGGUUAUACAAAAGCAAUUCCAGCUUUUCUUGACCCUAACGUAAAGGCAACAAAUUUGAUACAUGGUGUUAGUUUUGCAUCUGCUGCUUCUGGUUACGAUGACCUCACUGCAAAUCUCUCAAAUGUGUUGCCUGUUUCCAAGCAGCUGGAGUACUUUAAGCACUACAAGCUCCAACUAGUUAGGUUGGUAGGCAAGCAUAAGGCAGAAAAUAUCAUAAGAAAUGCGAUCUUUGUAAUCAGUAUGGGCAGCAACGAUUUUAUUCAAAAUUACUACCUGGAACCAAUUCGCCCCAAGCAAUUCCCUGUGGAAGAAUACCAAAAUUACUUGGCAUCUCGCAUGGUCGAGGACAUCAAGGAAAUGCAUAGACUGGGAGCCACAAGAGUGAUUGUUGUCGGAGUCCCUCCUUUAGGGUGUAUGCCCCUUGUGAAGACGCUCAAGGAUGCAAAAAUAUGUGAUCAAACUUACAACCAAGUGGCCUUAUCUUUCAAUUCCAAGCUACAACAGAAGCUGGCCAUGCUCAGGAAAACGUUAGGGAUUAAAGAUGCAUACGUUGAUUGCUAUAAGAUUAUAAAAAAUGCUGUGGAUCGCCCGAAAGAAUAUGAUUUAGAGGAGACAUCGAAGGGUUGCUGUGGAUCAGGAACUAUAGAAUAUGGAGAUGCAUGCAGAGGCAUGAAAACGUGUGAAGAUGCAUCAAAGUAUGCAUUUUGGGAUGCCGUUCAUCCAACAGAGAAAAUGUACCAAAUUGUUGCUGAAGAAGCUAUGAGAUCUCUCAAUGAAGCACUCUUGCGAUGAGGAUAUAUAUAUCAUCUGCCUAGCUAUGUGUUAGCUUCUCAAUUCAUUGUUGUAUUUUGUCAUGUAAUAAUUAUAAUUGAAGUUAAAUGAAACGAGUUUAUAUAGCUAA